CGGUGCUGCAUGCACUCAAAGCCGCUUUCUGCUGUUGAAUAAUAAAGAGAACAAACGACUCAGUUUGUCCAGUAGGCAGUCUGCUGUUCGGCACGGGGAGACAACACAGUGGUGUAAUUUAUGACGAUUUCAUGCGCCUGUCGAGCCUUUCCAAUUGGUCCGGGGGGAAACGGGACCGCAAUGUGUAAAUACAACAGGGAAAGUCCGUCCCGGUGAAUGGGUUUGUUCCUCUCCUCGGGCCCGUCUCGAAGGCAAAAGCUUACCGCUGUGCGGCACCAGUGUCAGACUGCACUCAGCAAGUUCAGCGCCAAGUGUUGCGCCUUACCCCCUUCAUGCUCUAAGGAAGCGCUGGUUUAGGACUGUACAGUCAGUGUACUGUAUCUGUAUUGUACCGGGCUGUACUCCACAAAUGCUCUGCAUGUCGAGCUGACCACAGCAUGCGACCAAACUAAAAAAGCUGGAAUCCCCUGAAUUGAGCGCUGAAGAGGUCAGCUAAUUGAUGAAAACGCGCAUUCAAACGGAACACGUCAGCAUAUCCAACCCCAAAAAAUCUGCUCACCCUAUUGGAAUCCACCUCUGAUUUCUUCUACGGACGGGGUCUUGGAAGCCAAUUGAUUUGUGCUUGACGUUAAUAACUUGGACAUUUACAGCCGCGCGCUCCAGUAGUACAGUCUGCGUGGACCAGUCUGUUGCACGGGGCUCGGGGGCGCACAUUCACUCGUUAUAUUUGUAUACUCUUUCUUGUGUUGUUCGCGCGUAACGGGAGAUUUCAGAGUUCAACCAUGGAACUUUGUAAAGGUCGUCUGCUAGGCAUCUCAGUCGCAGUGGCGCACGGAUUUUUCUCGGGAUCUUUGAACAUUUUGUUAAAAUUUCUUAUCACUACUUAUCACUUCAACUACCUCACUCUUAUUCAGUUCCUGACCAGCUCGACCGCAGCGCUGACUCUGGAGAUCCUGCGGAGGCUGGGGAAAGUGGACAUCCCCCCCUUCAGUCUGCAGCUGGCUAAGGUGUUCGGGGGGGUUUGCAUUCUGUCCACCCUGCAGUCCACCUUGACUCUCUGGUCUCUCAAAGGACUCAGCCUGCCUAUGUACGUGGUGUUUAAACGGUGCCUACCUCUCGUUACGCUCGGUAUAGGAGUCUGCAUCUUGAAAAACGGUAUCCCAUCCGUGGGAGUUAUCACGGCAGUGGUUAUCACGACCGGUGGAGCUGCUCUUGCCGGUGCUGGUGACCUGACCGGCGAUCCGUUCGGCUAUGUGACGGGGGUGCUGGCGGUCAUCAUCCACGCCUCCUACCUGGUCCUGAUCCAGAAGACCAGCGGCGACAGCGACUACGGCCCGCUCACCGCCCUGUACGCCAUCGCCAUCAUGGCCGCCCCGGUGCUCCUGGUGUGCUCGCUGGUCAGCAUGGAUGCCAUCCACAUGUGGACCUAUGCCGGCUGGAACAACCCCUACAUCACAGGCAUCUUUGUGUUCUGCGUCGUCAUCGGCUGUGCCAUGAACUUCACCACGCUCCACUGCACCUACAUCAACUCGGCCGUGACCACCAGCUUCGUGGGCGUGGUGAAGAGCAUCGCCACCAUCACGGUGGGCAUGGUGGCGUUCACCGACGUGGAGCCCACACGGCUGUUUGUGGCCGGCGUGGUGGUCAACACAGUGGGCUCCAUCAUCUACUGCGUGGUCAAGUACUAUGAGACCCAGAGGAAGAGCCUGUACCAGGACCUGGAGGGGGCGGAGCAGGAGGACAGGCCCGCCGGACAGCCCUACACAGAGAAGCCCCCCGGGGGUGGAGACGAGGGGGGGCUGGGGAACGGGGAGCUGGUGGCUCCCCCCGCCGAGGCAGCAGACGCCCCUCAGCAGUACGUCAUGACGGAUGCAGAGCUGCUGGAGAUGCAGAGAGAGGCCUUCCACUGUGAGAACCAGCCCCUGGACUCUGGGCCUGCCCGGGGGGCCCUGGGGGGCUUGGCAGGGCCAGGACAGGCUGUCAGUGAUAGUUACGCUGGGGUCUGGAGGUCCGUCCGAAACCUGCAGUUUAUGAAGAAAGACACUCUGAUAGAUAACAUGGAGGUGCAGAGUCCCUGAUGACGGGCAUCCUCUCUCUUGCUCUCUCGCUCUCUCUCUCCCCCCCGUCUCUUUCCUCACUCUUUCCCUCUCCCUUUCUCCCUGGGUCGUAAUUCCUCUUGCCAUUUCCUCUCUUCCUUCAGUCCCUCUCUUUCUGUAUUUCCCUCUCUUUUUUUUCUUUCAUUCUCUCUUUAUUUCUCUCUAUCUCUCUCUCUUCUACAGACGGAGGGUGCAUGUAGUGUCUGUCCGUUCGUCUGUCUGCCUGUAGGCCCGCAGCAGAGAUGGAAGGUUCUAGAUCAGUGUGUUUUUGUUGUGAUGUUUAAUGGUCCAUCUGUAAGACAAGCUCUUCAGGAAACAAAGUAUUUUUAAGAAGAUUACCUGUUUAUAUGAACUGGAGGAAAUAUACUGACUAUUUAUACAAAACAUUUAGAGAGAUGUUUAAAUGUUUUAUAUUGAUUCAGUCAUAUUAAUAAAAGAUGUGUUUGUGGUUGAUCCAUAAAGGCAUACAUUUAUGGUAAGAAGUUUAAUGUUAAAAUAAUACAUCCCAACAACCACUGACACCACACACACACACACACAUACAAAAAUCACACACACCAUAUGUGAACACACAUCCCAUACAUACACACCGCAAAAGGUCACACAAAUGACUCCAGCUGAAUUGAAUGGCUUGAUCUGUGCAACAGUGGGUUGAUAGGAUGAAUAAUUAUUUUGUAUUAUGAAUUCAAUUUGCACGUAUUGUAACACCUGUCCAGAGUUUGUGCAGUCCAAAACAUUGUGAUAUUUGAGAGUGGAGCUACAGCA